AUGGCCUGUAUCUACCCAACCACUUGCUAUACCUUUCUUCCAACCAAAAGUCUUAAUACAGGAAUAUCUCUCACCACAAUCCUAAUACUGUCAGUAGCUGUCCUGCUGUCCACAGCAGCCCCUCCGAGCUGCCAUGAGUGUUAUCAGUCUUUGCACUACAGAGGGAAGAUGCAACAAUACUUUACUUACUAUACUCAUAUAGAAAGAUCCUGUUAUGGAACCUUAAUCGAGGAAUGUGUUGAAUCAGGAAAGAGUUAUUAUAAAGUAAAGAAUCUAGGAGUAUGUGGCAGUCGUAAUGGGGCUAUUUGCCCCAGAGGGAAGCAGUGGCUUUGCUUCACCAAAAUUGGACAAUGGGGAGUAAACACUCAGGUGCUCGAGGACAUAAAGAGAGAACAGAUGAUAGCCAAAGCCAAAGCCUCAAAACCAACAACUCCCCCUGAAAAUCACCCACGGCAUUUCCAUUCCUUUAUACAAAAACUAUAA